CACGCGCUGUCGAAGGGAUCGCGUGUCAGGCAUCAAGGAACAAGAAAUCAUGUCAUUGUAAAGAUCACGCUCACACAUUUGGUGUCAGUUGAUGAGAGGUUGGUGUACACGCCACAUCCAGAGAAUCCUGAAAUGACUGUGCUUACCCAAGAAGCCAUCAUUAUGGUGAAGGGCAUUGGCCUAGGCAGCUAUUUAGAAAGUUUAAUGGCCAAUACCAUUUCAUCGAAUGCGAAAAAGGGGUGGGCUGCAAUUGAGUGGAUAAUUCAGAAUUCUGAAGAUCCUGUAAGCUAACGGGCCCUGCGCUUGUACACCUUGUGAUGAAUGGUGGUAACAGCAGCACUCAGGAACUGGUAUAGCUUUCAGCAUUCUCUUCACUGUAUGCAUGAUGUGUGAGGCUGGGAGAAUUUUUAAAAGAUGAAACUGUAUGUUAGUCUUUAUUCUGUACCUCUCAGUGACUUUUGUAGUAAAAGGAAUCCUCUCCAGGCUUUCCCCUUCUAUUCAUUUUCUUAUUUCAUGGCAAAAUUAUUUUCAAGGAAAACUUGGAUAGUUUAUCUGGUGUCUGAUGAAAGUAGUUCAGUUAUUUCUGCCAAUUGUUCUCAGUUCUUAGUUACUUAACUGAUUCUUAAAAUGCAUGUUCAUAAGUAGUAAGGAAGCCUUCCCUUGUAAGUCUAGAUAGUGGGAGAACUCUUUACUUACAAUUUUUAAUAUGUUCACAUGUUCAUAUUUUGAGUGAAUGUAGAACAAUGUAGCAAGGAGAAAGUUAACUCCCCUCCUCUUUUGAUGUAAGCCUUUGCUGGGCCUCAUGAUUUCCCGGUUGUUUGAAUCUAGUGAUAAAAGUCAUUUGUAGCAUUUCCUGGAGUUUCAUAAAUAUUCCUUUGCUUGUGUCUGCCAUCAUUGGCCAGAUCCUCAGAAACUGAUCUGACAUUUUAAUUUGUUAAACAGUUAUCUUUAAGCUACAAGGAAUUAAAUCAGGUUCUUGCUCCACCUAGCUAGGGAUUGUGCUCCCUGCAUGGCAAGCUUUCCCGGCCUGCUUGCUUGCUUUCAGCUUGUAUGGGUUUUCAGCAUGUACAAGCCUUCUUACCCCUCGCCAGCCAGCAAAUGAAGGUUGUGUGACUUCAGUCUUCUUUAAUAACUGCUUGCUUAUUUUGACUUGCUUAUUAAUGCAUAUGCUUGCCAGAGAUCUUCAGCUUGAACUGAAAUGAUCCCGGACUCAGCCAC